GAGGACUCUUAAGUCAGAAGUUUGCGCGCAGCUCACAGCUGAGCGAGGCGAGACGCUGGGAAGGAAAGCCGGCCCCCCACUCUCUGGGUGGCUCGCGGACCUUCCUGGCUCGGAGAGGUGCGCAGAAACCGCGCCUCACCCUCCCGCUGACAUCUCCUGUCCGGGAGAUGAGCGCUGGAGUCUGAGUUCCUGAGUCCCUGGAGCCACCACCUGCGGAUGUGCCUAGCUGCCCAGUGAUCAUAUUUCAGAAUUUUGAAGGUCAUCUUCAAAAACUAAAAAUGAAGAUCACAUUUAUACGCAGCUUUUUGGCUUUGUUCAUCUUUCUAAAUCAACAUACCAUGACUUCUCCUCAGUAUGCAAAUACCACUUAUGACCCACUGGAUGAUCUCGAGCCGUUUCUGUUCUUGCUUGGCAAGAAGAGGAUGAUGGAUGCACAGUACAGCUGCUUUAACCGAAUGCGUCAGUUACCCCCAUACCAAGGAGAAGGUCCAUACUGCAACCGGACCUGGGAUGGAUGGUCAUGCUGGGAUGACACACCAGCUGGAGUGAUAUCCUAUCAGAACUGCCCUGACUAUUUUCCUGACUUCGAUCCAACAGAAAGGGUUACAAAAUACUGUGAUGUGACUGGGCAUUGGUUCGUACAUCCUGAGACUAAUCGAUCCUGGUCCAACUACAGUAUGUGCAAUGCUUUCACUCCAGAAAAAAUGAAGGAUGCAUUUUCUCUUUACUACUUGGCUAUUGUGGGCCAUUCUUUCUCGCUUACUGCCUUGGUGGCUUCUAUGGUGAUUUUCACGGCUUUUAAAUCCCUUAGCUGCCAGCGGAUCACUCUGCACAAGAACAUGUUUGCAACUUACAUUCUGAAUUCCAUAAUUAUCAUUGUCCACCUGGUUGAGGUUGUUCCCAAUAGCGAACUUAUAAGAAGGGAUCCGGUGGCCUGCAAGCUUUUGAACUUUGUUCACCAGUACCUUAUGUCCUCCAAUUAUUUCUGGAUGCUUUGCGAAGGGAUCUACCUUCACACUCUCCUUGUGGUGACUGUGUUUAGUGCCAAACAACAACUAGGCUGGUAUUAUCUCCUGGGCUGGGGUUUCCCUCUGCUGCCAACUGCUGUCCAUGCUAUUAGUAGGGCGAUGUACUUCAAUGACAACUGCUGGCUGAGUGUGGACACCCAUCUGCUUUACAUCAUCCAUGGACCUGUUAUGGCAGCUCUUGCGGUCAACUUCUUCUUUUUGCUGAACAUUGUCCGGGUGCUUGUGAGAAAAAUGAAGGAAAACAAGGAAGAGGAAUGGCACCUGUACCUGAAGGCCGUGAGGGCCACUCUGUUUCUGGUGCCCCUGCUGGGAGCCCAGUUCGUUGUCUUACCCUGGAGGCCCUCUGACAAGACACUUGGGAAGGUCUAUGACUACCUGAUGCACACUCUGAUUCACUUCCAGGGAUUCUUUGUUGCCACAAUUUACUGCUUCAUGAAUCAUCAGGUCCAGGAUGUCCUGAAGCGCCAGUGGGAGCAGCUCAAAAUCCAGUGGGGCUAUUGGGGGAGCCCCACUGCCGCCAGAGCUGCCUCCCGAGCUGCUGCCCGAGCUGCUGCUCGGGCUGCAGCGGAAGCAGCCGCCGCUGCUAUUGAGGCUGGAGAGCUCCCCAUUUGCAUUUGCCACCCGGAGCCCCUGAGUGAGCUGGUCAUUCUGGGUACAGAUGGUGUUGAGGUCGCUGAGGUCAUCGCUCUGGAAGUCAUUGAGCAAGAGUCAUCUGCUUAAAUAUGAAGGAGAUAACAGCAUCACGAUCAGAAAGCUUUCAUUCCCUGGGAAAAAGACAGGCCCUAUGUGUAUAAAGUGAUUCACAUCCUCCCAGGAACUGGACAUAACAUUUGUAAUGUAUCGUUAAGCAAAUUUGUCAUCGUGAAUCUGAGGAACGUUAUACUUGGUACUAUUGAUAAUUGGUACUAUUGCUGUGGGAGACGGUCUAGGAAUGGAGUCUCCCCCACUGCCACACUUGUGAACUUCACCUUUCAUCCAGUGCUGAGAUGCAGAUGUCAUAGUAAUGUAAACAGUGCCCAUGAAAAACACAACUAAAUUGAGGUAGUUCAGAUACAAGGUGCUCCUUGUUAAUGUUAAGCCAUUUAUACCUUUGGAAAAAAAAAAUCAAAAUUGGUGUUAAUAUUUUUCUUUUUAACUCUAGACUUGGAAUUAGAAUACUUCUGUAUUUGGCUAAGCAUAUGAUUUUCAAUUUUUUUAUUUCAAUCAAUUCUGAUGUUAUUCAGAUAUUUUACACCCACACAAUAUGAGUCCCAUGAAUUUCAUGACCUCUGUAAAAGAAAAUAUCUUUCUAAUAUAGGAAUGACUAAGUAUACAGGGGAAAAGAAAUACAUUUGACAGGAAAAAAUAUAGUGCUUCUUAAAGACAGUCUGCUUGAAAGAUUAUAUGGGCCAAUUUAUUAAUUGGUUUUUCAGGCUCCUGUGUUCAGCUUGAUUUGGGAUAAUACUGUUCAUUUGCAGGAACUAACUGCUAUAAAGAACUGGCCUUAGUGUUGAAUGUGCUUUGGUUGUUGACAUGUACAAAUUGGGAGGUCGCAAAAAAAAUCCAUCACUAAAAUUUUCACAAAACUGCCAAAAAUAGAAUUCCUGAUGGAAGAGAAAGCUCUUUUUAAAGAGAGUUUCCACUUUCCUAAGAUCCAGAAUUUAUAAAACAAAUUACUUUAAGGUUUAUAAAGCAGAUUACCUCUUGUCCUUGGGUGCUAUUUAGCAGUCAAAGAUAAAUUUGUUUAAGACUGGUAAUUAAAA